AUGGGUUUCAACAUCAAAGCUCUCACCGUCGCCGCCCUGGCGGCGCUGGGCCAUGCCUCGCCGCUCUAUUCCCGGGCCGAUGCCAAUGUCACAUACGUCUUUACCAAUGCUCACGGCCUCAACUUCACGCAGAUGAACACCACCCUGCCGAAUGUUACCAUCCUGGCAACCGGCGGCACCAUUGCCGGCUCCAGUGCCGACAACACGGCCACGACGGGCUACAAGGCGGGUGCGAUUGGGAUCCAACAGCUGAUCGAUGCGGUGCCGGAGAUGCUGAACGUGGCCAACGUGGCCGGCGUGCAGGUCACCAACGUGGGCAGCCCGGACGUGACGUCGCACAUCCUGUUAGACAUGGUGCGCAUGCUGGACGAGCUGGUGUGCCAGGACGAGACCAUGGCCGGCGCGGUGAUCACGCACGGCACCGACACGCUCGAGGAGACGGCUUUCUUCCUCGACGCCACGAUGCCCUGCCGCAAGCCCGUCGUCGUCGUCGGCGCCAUGCGCCCCUCGACCGCCAUCUCCGCCGACGGGCCCUUCAACCUGCUGCAGUCGGUGACGGUGGCGGCAACGCCGGCCGCGCGCGAUCGCGGCGCCCUCGUCGUGCUCAACGACCGUGUCCUGUCGGCCUUCUACACCUCCAAGACCAACGCCAACACCAUGGACACCUUCAAGGCGAUCGAGAUGGGCGCCCUCGCCGCCAUCGUCUCCAACAAGCCGUAUUUCUAUUACCCGCCGGUGCGGCCGACGGGGCAUGAGUUCUUUGACGUCCGCAACGUCUCCGCCCUGCCCCGGGUUGACAUCCUGUACUCGUAUCAGGACAUGCAGAAUGACACGCUGUAUGAUGCGGCGAAGAAUGGCGCCAAGGGCAUAGUCAUCGCCGGCUCCGGCGCCGGGUCCGUCUCGUCUGGCUUUAGCGCGGCCAUCGAGGAUGUCAUGGAUACUUACCACAUCCCCGUCGUGGCGAGCACGCGCACCGGCAACGGCGAGGUGCCUCCGUCGGACGAUGGAGCGAUCGGAAGUGGGUUCUUGAAUCCGCAAAAGUCGCGCAUUUGGUUGGAGCUGUUGCUGAUGCAGAAGAAGACGGUGGCGGAGGUCCGGGAGAUGUUUGCCAAGGUGGCUGUCGCUUAG